AUGGCCCGGGUUGUUCGUAAUAGCAAAUUUCGACAUGUUUUUGGUCAAGCAUCUAAAAAAUCUGAUUGUUACGAUAAUAUUCGUAUAACAAAAAGUGCAUGGGAUUCAACAUUUUGUUCAGUUAAUCCAAAAUUUGUUGCAAUUAUAACUGAAUCAGCAGGUGGUGGUGCAUUUCUUGUUUUACCACUUGAUAAAGUUGGACGUAUUGAUCGUGAUGUACCACUUGUUAGUGGACAUAAAGCAGCUGUACUUGAUAUAGCUUGGUGUCCACAUAAUGAUAAUGUUAUUGCAAGUGGUUCAGAAGAUUGUUCAGUUAAAAUAUGGGAAAUACCUGAUGGAGGUAUAACACAAACAUUAACACAAUCGUCUGUUGAUCUUGUUGCACAUCAACGACGUGUUGGACAAGUUGCUUGGCAUCCAAGUGCAUUAAAUGUUCUAUUAAGUGCUGGUGGAGAUAUGAAAAUAUUUAUUUGGAAUGUUAGUAAAUCAACAAUUCUAUCAACAAUUGAUUGUCAUCCGGAAGUUAUAUUAAGUGUUUCAUGGAAUUAUAAUGGUUCACGUAUAGUUACGUCUUGUAAAGAUAAAAUGUUUCGAGUUAUUAAUCCUCGAAAUGGCGACGUUCUUCAAUCAGGUGCAGGUCAUCAAGGUGGAAAACCUGCUCGAGCAAUUUAUUUACGUGAUGGAAGAAUAUUUUCUACAGGUUUUUCAAAAAUGGCUGAACGACAAUAUGCUGUAUGGGAUGAGAACAAUUUAGGUGCACCUUUAACAAUGGAUGAGCUUGAUUCAUCAAAUGGUAUUCUAUUUCCAUUUUAUGAUCAAGAUACCAAUGUUAUCUUUCUAUGUGGAAAGGGUGAUUCAGCAAUUCGUUACUUCGAAUAUACACCAGAAGCACCUUACAUUCAUUUUCUUAGUACAUAUACAUCAUCUGACCCUCAACGUGGUAUGGGUUCAAUGCCGAAACGUGGUUUGAAUAUUGCUUCAUGUGAAAUAGCUCGUUUUUAUAAGUUACUUAAUAGUGGUCUUUGUGAAGUAAUUAGUUUUACUGUACCUCGAAAAUCUGAGUUAUUUCAAGAUGAUCUUUAUCCAGAUACAGCAGCUGAAGAACAUAGUAUAACAGCUGAUGAAUGGAUUCAAGGACAAGAUGCAGAUCCUAAAUUGGCAUCGAUUCGUGAUCUACAUUCGGGUCCACGAUCUCCGAUAAGUGUUCAUGUUAGUAGUCCGAGUCAACCAAAACAAGAAGUUGUCUUUGGUAAACAAAAUAUAACUUCAAAACCAUCGGAACCAAGACCUACAAACACUAAUGUUACUCAACAAAAACCACAGACGGAGCAAAGUCCUGUUCAGCCAAUUAAACCUUCACCAACAAACCAAACGGCAGCUUCAUCUAAUGAUAAUUUGCAAAAACAACUUGAAUUAAUUCUAAGUCGUUUGGAUGCAAUUGAACGUCGUGUUGAAGCAGUUGAAAAGCUUGCUAAAAAUAAUCAAACUCGAGAAUCGAUUGUUGAAAAUAAUACCAUUCCGAAUGAUGAUUUACAAUUUUAA